UUCAAAACGGCAGCCGUCAGCCCCGAAGAUCCUAAUCCGGAAUGAGUUUGGCGCCAUUGGUUUUCCAGUUGGGUGACAUGGAAAGCUGAGUGCAGAAGCAGUAAACCGCGCUGUAUAAAUGUGGCGUCUUGGAGUCAGUCAGUGAGAACGCAAACUCAGAACAGACUGUAAUCCCGGUCACAGAGUGAACAAGGCAACUCACACCGGCUGAACAACCAUGAAGUGGGGCAUCGUCGUCCUAAUCAGCUGCAUUUUGUUGCUCUCUCUACCGUGUUCCGCAGAAGGAAAAGACAAAUGUUCAGACCCAAAAAAAUCAGGACCGUGCAAAGCUGCCAUCCCUCGUUAUUACUACAAUGCGAAGACUCGGAAAUGCGAAAAGUUUAAGUUUGGUGGCUGCGGUGCCACUGGAAACAACUUUUCGAAACAAAGUGACUGCAUUGCACUUUGUGAAAAGUCAAUCAACUGUUCAGACCCCAAAAAAAUAGGGUCGUGCAAAAACUAUUUCCCUUACUAUUACUACAAUACGAAAACUCAGAAAUGCGAGAAGUUUAUGUAUAGUGGCUGCGGUGGCAAUGGGAACAGGUUUAUGCAGAAAAAUGACUGCAUUAUACGAUGUGAAAGAAGUUCAAACAAAUGUUCAGACCCAAAAAAAUCAGGACCGUGCAAAGCUCUCAUCCCUCGUUAUUACUACAAUGCGAAGACUCGGAAAUGCGAAAAGUUUAAGUUUGGUGGCUGCGGUGCCACUGGAAACAACUUUUCGAAACAAAGUGACUGCAUUGCACUUUGUGAAAAGUCAAAACCGAAUUAAAGGGGCAUUUCUGCUAUAUAAAUGGCACCGGUGGGACAGAGAAAUCAGUAUCAUUUGUGGCCAGAGCUAAGGAAUGGAGAUUUGAGCAUCAAAGGGAAAAACAUCAAAAUAUCAAUUCUAUUGUUUUAAAUAAUUUUACUCUUGAAAUUCUGCAUGUUAAUCCAGACAUACCUUUAAAUGGAUGCAUUUAAUAAAGUAAUGUGGAGCUGAAAUUCUUUUCAUUUUAGAAUAACUUAAAUCAGAUGAUUAUUGCUAAACUCUAUCAUUCCAUUUUUCAGCACUUGCAGUUCUAUUUACAAAUUGUGUAUUCCUAAAAUUGUAAUCAAAUAAAGA